CUUCCGGCGUCCCGCCCUCCCGCGGCUGCCAGUUGCGGCGGCGGCGGCGGCGAACAUGGCGGCGGCUGCGCGCAGCUUCGGCUCGGAGCGGGAAGCCGAGCCGGCCAAGGAGGCGCGCGUCGUGGGCUCCGAGCUCGUGGACACGUACACGGUUUACAUCAUUCAAGUCACUGAUGGCAACCACGAAUGGACAGUGAAGCACCGGUACAGCGAUUUCCACGACCUGCACGAAAAGCUUGUUGCAGAGAAGAAAAUCGAUAAAAAUCUACUUCCACCCAAAAAGAUCAUUGGAAAAAACUCAAGAAGCUUGGUAGAAAAGAGAGAGAAGGAUCUUGAAGUCUAUCUCCAAACCCUCCUGGCUGCCUUCCCUAGUGUGGCCCCCAGAAUUCUGGCCCACUUCUUGCAUUUUCAGUUUUAUGAGAUCAAUGGCAUCACCGCUGCACUGGCUGAGGAGCUCUUUGAAAAAGGAGAGCAGCUCCUGGGGGCUGGUGAGGUCUUUGCCAUUGGACCUCUACAACUCUACGCGGUCACCGAGCAGCUGCAGCAAGGAAAGCCCACGUGUGCCAGUGGGGAUGCCAAGACUGACCUCGGGCACAUUCUGGACUUCACUUGUCGCCUUAAGUACCUGAAGGUUUCUGGCACUCAAGGACCUUUCGGGACCAGCAACAUUCAGGAGCAGCUCCUGCCUUUCGAUCUGUCGAUAUUUAAGUCUCUUCAUCAGGUGGAGAUAAGUCACUGCAAUGCCAAGCACAUCCGGGGGCUGGUAGCAUCGAAGCCCACCUUAGCCACCAUGAGCGUCUGCUACUCAGCUACCUCCAUGAAGGAAGUUCUCGUUCCCGAAGCCUCGGAAUUUGAUGAGUGGGAGCCAGAAGGCACAGCCCUGGACGGCCCUGUGACCGCCAUCAUCCCCACAUGGCAGGCGCUGACUGCCCUCGAUCUGAGCCACAACAGCAUCUCAGAGAUCGACGAGUCUGUGAAAUUGAUUCCAAAAAUCGAGUUCCUGAACCUGAGUCACAAUGGAGUGCUGGUCGUGGACAAUCUGCAGCACCUCUACAACCUGGUGCAUCUGGACCUGUCCUACAACAAGCUGUCCUCCUUGGAAGGAGUUCACACCAAACUGGGGAAUGUUAAGACCUUGAACCUGGCAGGUAACCUGCUUGAGAGUCUGAGUGGCCUGCACAAGCUCUAUUCUCUGGUCAACCUGGAUCUUAGUGACAACAGAAUCCACCAGAUGGAGGAGGUCAGGAGCAUCGGCAGCCUUCCGUGUUUAGAGCACGUGGCCCUGAGAAACAACCCUCUGAGCAUCAUCCCCGAUUACCGGACCAAGCUGCUAGCCCAGUUCGGAGAGCGGGCCUCCGAGGUCUGUCUAGACAACACAGUGACCACAGAGAAAGAGCUGGACACCGUGGAAGUGCUGAAAGCGAUUCAGAAAGCCAAAGAGGUCAAGUCCAAGCUGAGUGGUCACCCUGAGAGGAAGGUCGCCGAGGACUCCCGCCUCUCAGCUGCUCUCUCUGUCAGGCCCAGCAGCUCCCCUCCCGCCGCGGCUCCCACCUCAGCCUCCCUGCCCCAGCCCAUCCUCUCCAACCAAGGAAUCAUAUUCGUGCAGGAAGAGGCCCUGGCCAGCAGCCUUUCAUCCACCAACAGUUUGGCUCCCGAGGACCGGCCCGUUGCCCCGGGCUGCUCCGAUGCCCUAGAGUCCAUCCCUGCCGGACAGGCCCCUGCUGAUGAUCUCAGGGACAUGCCAGGAGCAGUUGGGGGUGAAAGCCCAGAACACGCGGAGCCGGAGGUCCAGGUGGUGCCCGGGUCGGGCCAGAUCAUCUUCCUGCCCUUCACCUGCAUCGGCUACACCGCCACCCACCAGGACUUCCUCCAGCGCCUGAGCACGCUCAUCCGACAGGCCAUCGAGCGGCAGCUGCCGGCCUGGAUCGAGGCCGCCCACCAGCGAGAGGGCCUGGGCGAGGAGGAGGAGGAGGACGCGGAGGAGGAGGAGGGGGAGGAGGAGGAAGAGGAAGAGGAGGAAGAAGAGGAGGAGGAGGAGGACGUGGCCGAGAACCGCUACUUCGAGAUGGGACCCCCGGACGCGGACGAGGACGACGGAGGCCCCGGAGAAGAGGAGGAGGAGGAGGAGGAGGAGCGCCUGGCGCUGGCGUGGGCGCUGGGGGCCGACGAGGCCGCGCUGCCGGGGCGCAUCCGCAUCCUCCAGGCGCUGUGGUGCUUCGUGGUGCACGCGCAGGGCGGCCUCCGCCUCCGCCAGUUCGCCGCCUGCCUGGUGCUCACCGACGUGGGCGUGGCGGUCUUCGAGGUCCCGCCGCAGUCGCGCGUCCCGGUCCCGGCGGCGCCGCGCUUCGUGUCGUGCGUCCCGCUCGGCGAGCUCGGCGAGCCGGGCUUCCUGGUGCCCGAGCUGUGCCUGGCGCUCCGGGCGCGGCGCGGCGACCGCGCGCUCUUCGCCCUGGCCGACGCCGCCGCCCUGCGCGCCUUCCACGCCGCCCUGCGCGCCCGCCUCGCCCCGCGGCCCCGGCGCGCCGCCCCGCUCGGCGGCCCGCGGCUCUACGGCGCCCACGCCAGCCUGCACGACUUCCUGCGCCAGCUGCUCGCCGGCGCCAAGGCGGCGGGCGGCGGCCAGGAGCGCAGCCUCGGCUGCUUCCCCGUCUGCCUCGUCGACGGUGACGCGCGCGCGGCGACAUCGCACAUGGAGUGGGCCACCUGCGCCCUGUGCUCGGCCGUCCCGGCGGCCGCCGCGCCCCGCUGGCUGCUGCUCACGGCCCGGCACCUCCACGUCCUCAAGGCCGACUUCGCCCCCCGCGGCCGCCCCCGCGACCGCUUCCAGCUCAGCCGCGCGCCCCUGGCCGCCGUGCUGCUGGACCCCGCGCACGGCGCCGCCCAGCCAAGGGGCGCCUUCGCCGACGGCCACGCGCUCGAGCUGCUCGUGGGCUACCGCUUCGUCACGGCCGUCUUCGUGCUGCCGCACGACAAGUUCCACUUCCUGCGCGUCUACGGCCAGCUGCGGGCCUCGCUGCGGGACCUCAAGACCGUGGUCAUCGCCAAGCGCCCCGCCGCGGACGAGCGUCCUGCCCAGGCCAGGGCCAGCAAUGACCAGCAACUCCAGGAGGUGCCAGCAGAAGUGCCAGCUCCAGUCCCAGCAGAGAAGCUUGUCCCAGCCCCGGCUGAGACCUUGGCACCAGCUGAUACCCCAGUGGAGACCCCAGGUGCAGAGGAGACAUUGGCAGAGGCCCCCACCCAGUACCCAAGUCAGCAUCUGGUCCAGAGCAUCUCAGAGGAGAACCAGAUGCCGUCACACCUGCCAGCCUGCCCUUCACUGCGCCACAUCGCCAGCCUGCAGGGCAGAGCCAUCGUUGAGCUGUUCCACAGCAGUAUCGCUGAGGUGGAGAACGAGGAGCUGAGGCACCUCACUUGGUCCUCCGUGGUGUUCUACCAAACCCCAGGGCUGGAGGUCACCGCCUGCGUGCUGCUCUCCACCAAGGCCGUGUACUUUGUACUGCAUGACGGCCUCCGCCACUACUUCUCAGAGCCACUACAGGAUUUCUGGCAUCAGAAAAACACCGAUUACAACAAUAGUCCCUUCCACAUCUCCCAGUGCUUCGUUUUGAAGCUCAGCGACUUGCAGGCAGUCAAUGUCGGCCUUUUUGACCAGUAUUUCCGGCUGACAGGCACCUCCCCAGCUCAAGUGGUCACCUGCCUGACUCGCGACAGCUACCUGACCCACUGUUUCCUCCAGCACCUCAUGACUGUGCUCUCCUCACUGGAACGCACGCCCUCGCCCGAGCCUGUGGACAAGGACUUCUACUCGGAAUUUGGGAAUAAGACCACAGGAAAGAUGGAGAACUAUGAGCUCAUCCACUCGAGCCGGGUCAAGUUCACCUACCCCAGUGAAGAGGAGGUCGGCGACCUGACAUUCUCUGUGGCCCAGAGGACGGCCGAACCGGGGAAGGCACCUGCCCUCAGCAUCCUUCUAUACCUGCAGGCCUUCCAGGUGGGCACCCCGCCUUCCGGGCGCAGCCGAAGCAUGCUGCGCCCCAAAACACUCCUGCUCACCAGCACCGAGAUCUUCCUCCUGGACGAGGACUUUGUCCACUACCCACUGCCCGAGUUUGCCAAAGAGCCCCCACAGAGGGACCGCUACCGCCUGGACGACGGCCGCCGCGUCCGGGACCUGGACCGUGUUCUCAUGGGCUACCAGCCCUACCCACAGGCGCUCACCCUCGUUUUCGACGAUGUGCAGGGUCAUGACCUCAUGGGCAGUGUCACCCUGGACCACUUUGGGGAGGCGCCGGGUGGUCCAGCCCGCGUCAGCCAGGGCCGGGAGGUCCAAUGGCAGGUGUUCGUCCCCAGUGCUGAGAGCCGAGAGAAGCUCAUCUCGCUGCUGGCCCGUCAGUGGGAGGCCCUGUGUGGCCGAGAGCUACCCGUGGAGCUCACUGGCUAAGCUGCUGCCCCCAAGUCCCCCACCGCAUCUCGCCUGGUCCACACAGGGCAGGGCGGGACGCAGACUUUCUUUUCAGUGUUUUGCCCCUUUGGUUCCUCCAUUUGACUAUGAACAUGUGUUGAGUUACUGCUCCCCGAUGCUGGAUGUGCCCCCCGCAGGCCCCUCCAGGCUGUGCUUGUCCACAGCCCCCGGGGCUCUGCCACCAGCCCCACCAGUGUCUUCUGUUACGGAACUGUUGUUGACACGUGGCUCUAUGGGUCUUGUUUACUUUGACUGUUUCCUGAACCGUCUCAGUCUUGUUGCUGUUACUGUCGUCGUCGUGGUUAUUUGCUGCUAAUCAUGAAGCUGGUAGCAAAAUGCACAUUGCAAGGUCCUGCCCUGUGCACUUUUCCAAAGUGGAGGCCUCUCCUGGUCCAGACAAGUGGGAGAGCUUUAUGGGGUGGGUGUCUGUGCCCCAUGCCUUGGGCUUGAGACAUACAGGGGCAGCGGACCUAGCGCUGCCAGUGCCUACCAGGGCUCUGUUGCCUAUUUUCUCUAUACCAAUAAACCAGAGUUUGACACAG